CAAGCGCUACACAGUACCGUCCCGCAACUAUUUUUCAAACGUUGCACUACCUGCUCUAUACACUCAGUGUCGAGCAACAGUGGAGACAGAACUGCAAGCAGUUAAUUAUUUUGCAGCAACCACAGACUUAUGGUCCAGCCGAACUAUGGAGCCAUACAUGAGCCUGACGGUCCAUUAUGUUACCAGUGACUUCACCAUGAAAAGUCGGUGCUUGCAGACUGGGUUUUUCCCCGAGGAUCACACAGGAGAGAAUAUAGCACAAGGACUGAAGGAGGGUCUGAUCUCUUGGAGUUUGGAGGAGGAAAAAAUGGUGUGCAUAACAACAGACAGUGGAGCCAACAUUGUGAAAGCAGCAUCCCUUAACAACUGGACAAGGCUUCAGUGUUUUGGGCACCGGCUACAUCUAGCUAUAGAGAAUGCAAUGAAAGAUCCAAGAAUUGACCGCGCUGUAGGUCUGUGCAAAAAGCUUGUGGGCUGCUUCAGUUACAGUUGGAGACGGAAGAGGGACCUUGCUGAGGCCCAAAAGGAGCUCAAGCUACCCGAACACAAGCUUAAAACUGAGUGUCCAACGAGAUGGGGUUCGAGACAAGCCAUGAUCCAGAGGGUACUUGAACAGCUACCUGCUAUUUCACAUGUUCUCUCCUCUGAUCGGAAGGCUAGACACCUGAUUCCCACAUGGCAGGAUGUUGAAGUUCUCGAGGCAAUCAACAAUGCACUCAGCCCACUGACAGACUUCACUGAUGCCCUGUCAGGAGAGCAAUAUGUGAGCGUCUCCUCAGUGAAACCAGUUCUCCACCUCUUUGAAACAUCAGUUGUGGCCAUGCAGGAAGAUGACUCGGAUCUCACACGAUCAAUUAAGUCAAAAAUCCUGGGGUACCUUCAGGAAAAAUACAGUCAUCCAAACACACAGGAACUGCUGGACAUGGCCACAUCUCUUGAUCCAAGAUUCAAGAUGGAGUACAUCAGUGAGGACAAUAAAACCACUGUGAAGGCCAGACUGACACGUGAGAUGACCGACGACAUACCUUCAGUUACGCAAACUCCCCCCUCAACUACACCCCCGGCUGCCCCCAUGAAGAAGAGCCGAAAGACCUUAGGCAGCUUCCUCAAAGCAGCAAAAGGCAGUGAGGCACCAUCCCAGCCUGAGCAAGAUGUUGCCUCAGAACUACUGUCAUAUCUGCUCUCAAGCAAGAUUGACAGUGAAGCUGACCCCUUAGUCUGGUGGAAGGAACAUAAGGGAGAAUUUCCAAAACUGUCUGUACUGGCUAGGAAAUACCUCUGCAUUCCUGCCACAAGUUCCCCUUCCGAGAGGGUGUUCAGCACAGGGGGGAACAUUGUAACAUGUCUCCGCUCAUCACUGAAGCCUCAAAAUGUCGACCGCCUUGUGUUCUUGGCAAAGAACCUUUAAGCAGCUGGCUGCAUAAAAAAAGGACUAGGCCUAUGUUCUAGGUUGUUGUAGUCCUGUCAUGGUCAGCUAUCAUGUUGUCAUGUUGUCAUGUUUGAUAUAUUGCACAUAAAUAUUGUUUACAUUGUUAUUGUUAAAAAUUAUUUAAAGACAAGAGAGAUGUUUAUUUUUUUUUAUGUUCAAUGUCAGCUGUUACAGCAAAAAGCAGCCAGAGGAAUAAUU